AUGCACUGUGAUCGCGCCUCCCUCUUCGCCCUUUCUCCCGUACAGUCACUCCCACACCAAUGCCUACCCCCGCCUACAAAGCUCUCGGUACGUGCCACGCACGCCUCGUCUCUCGCUCUCUCUCUCUCUCACUGCUCCCCCCUCAUCACCGCAUCCGAGGCAAAACAUCAGCCGCCGAGGCACCGGCAGCUCUCCAGCACAGACAGGCACGCGCAGAGGGUCACAGAGAAGGAGAGUGGGGCCGAAAUGCCACUCUUCUUCUCGAGGCUUCCGUUCAACCGUGCCGGCAGCCGCGUGGAUCCCCAGCCAGCGCCUUCUCCACAGUACUUAGCCACGAACACAGUACAGGGGAACGACUGUGUCAACAUUACUGCGGCCCCACUCAUAUUUCCACGCUACCUCGACAGCCGCGACGUCAGUGCGUGCGUCUUCUCUCUUACUCCAGUUGAUAGCCGCUGGGUGGACGCGGUGCUGCGACAGCUGUGCGUGCGACAUCACUCGGCACUAGCGCAGCCACCCCAAAGUCGGUCCGCGGACGCCGCGGCCUGUGAUGGGCGAGCGGAGACGUGCCCCCGGGGCGGAGCCGAAGGUGACGGCGGCUUUGUUUCUGCGUGUGUGGCGACGAAGAGUCGUCGGUUGAGCCGCCGUUCCUCUUCUGCCUACGUACAAUGUGCGAUGGCCAGCCCAUCACCUUCUCGUACUGAUGGCGAUAGCAACAGAGACCCUGCCGCGGCGAGUGUUUGGGCAUGCGGACUGCGUCUUGUUUGGCGAGAGACAUCGCUCGACCCGCUGUCAAGUGGGACUGUGAGCACGGUAGCGGCGGGCAGAGUGGCCGAGGACCAGGACACCACAGCAUAUCCAACCCACUUCAGAGCUACUGUUAACCUGGACGACGACGCCGACAAGGGCCGCAGAGCAGUCCACGCUCCUCAUGAUGUUCCGUACGCCUGCACGAGGUCGCUCGUGGGAGUGCCAGACGCACUCGUGCUUGAUCCCGGCUCGCCAUGUGUUGUCGAUGACCCGCUGUCUUCGUUACUGCCAUGGUCGCAGCGGCCUCGAAAGAGGACGCGCGCCUCCCUCGAAGCGGAGGCGACUGCCGGCCCCACCGCGCCCUCUUGUCACCCCACUACCAAAACCGAUGGAACCGCGCAGGCUCCCCAGGCGGCACCAGAUCUGCGUCGAUGUGCAGCACACUGGCCGCAUCUCUGCUCCUCUGCCACGCCAAAGACACCUUCACACGCGGUGAGGGUCAUCUCAGUGUCCGGGUCGCUGCCGCAGCGCCACUUGGUUGAGAUGGAGAGUCUCUGGCGCUUUUCCUCCACGGCACGAUCCAUCCCGUACGUGCUACGGAUGCCGCUGGAUGUAGGCGCAAAGGCCAGGUGGUCGGUGAUGAUGGAGUCCACAACGUGGCUGGAGCGCAAGACGGAGGGUGGGCAUGAUGGUGAGCUGAGCGUCGGUGGCGUGCGACAUACGGCUGGUGCAGAGGUCGCUCUCCGUGAGGCUGCUGCCAGUGCGCAGCCUGGGGGGACAGUAGUGACGGUGCCAGAGCCGGCCCUCGUGCGUCAUGUCCGUCUUCGCUUCCUCGUGCGAAAGUCUAACAGCGAUUGCGGUGGUGCAGGGCAGCAAAGGUGCCGCGCUGCCUCUGCGGCCCCACCGGCGUCGUCGAUGACGUUUACCGAGGGCAGUCGCACUGCUGAGGCCUUGUCGGCAGAGUGGGGCGCCUUUGUGGCCAAUGUGCACGAGUCACGCAUAGCAGUGGAACAGCAGCGCGCCGCCUUCACGCGUGAACGGUGUCAAGCGGCGGCAGCUUCUCUCCGCAAUGUGAGCGAGAGCGUGGCGGACACGCUCGCCUCAUUGCCGCAGCUCCACUUCUCGCGUCUCUGCGUCGCGCGAAGGGCGUCUCAUCGCGAGGGGAGCAAACGAACGCACAGUGUGCUGGAUGCGGGGCCCAAGGACUCGAUGUACGGACUCGGCCAUGCUUAUCCCUAUCCUGUGCUGCAGUGGUGGCGGUGGACUUCGUGCAGUCGCUCACGUGCACCUCUGUCGCUGCGUGGACAAGAGACGCCGCGUCGCCUACCGGAGACGUGCACUGCUUUCUUCAGUGUACCCGACGGCGCCGAGGCGACUCGAGAGCAACUCGCAGUGACACUGCUGCGUUGGGUUCACGACAUGUCAGAUGUACGGUGGCGGGCCGCGUCGUGGUUGCCGUGGGACUCGUGGAUCGCCAUGGCCUGCGCUGUCGCUGGCGUGCCACUGUUGUUGUUCCCUCUUUCGCCCACCCACGCAUCGCUACUGAUGCCGUCGGCUAGUCGCGUGCAGGGCUACUUACGCAUCGCUGCCGCAGAGGAUGCGGGAGCAGCACCGGCGGCGCACCUCACUGCUGACUCGCUCGUCCUUGGUGGUCGUCCCGCUGGGCAUUCGACCGGGGGCUCUGUGCUUGAGCGACAUCCAUGGUCGGCCCCUGCUGCGGCACCGCAGCUGCUGAGCGAGGCAAUGGCAUCCACACCAGCGAGGCCAGGCGGGGUGCUUUCUGCAGUCGCGCAGGAAGACGCAAGCCACGCACAUGCGCAUCAUUGGGCGGUGCGCGCUGCGGCGGUGACGGAGUGCGAGGCGCUAGCACGUGCGUGCGACAGGCAUGGGGGGACUCUUUCGCAAGAGCGAGAGGGAGUCGCUUCCGCCAUAGCGACCGCUGCGCACGCCCCUCACCGCUCUUCGCUCAUGCACCGGAGGUGCGGCAAGGCGGACGCGGUGUGGACAAGUGAUGGUGGCCACAGCUGGUCAAUGAGGACAGCAGCGGCGGCACAGGUGAGCGCAUCAUCCCCAAACGCCGUUUCACCUCUUUUGCCAGUCGUCGUUUUUCCAUCCUCUCCCGCUGUGGUGUACGUCGCGCGAGGUCACGUCGAUUCCGCCGCUGCCGAUCUUCUUGGCGAAGACUCACGCUUUCCACCGUCUACGGUGGCGCUACUGGCGCCGUCCGAGUCCCCAUCUAUCAGCAAGGCCUCAUCUGUCGACGACACAACCACGGGUGAUCUGUAUUUCAGUGAGGCUGUCGGCAGAAAGCGUCCACGGUCUGCUGUAACCUCCCCCUCGGCCACGGUCUUGCCUUUUGGUCCAGCCAACGUCACCCCAUCCCUCACGUAUGCGGUGCGUGCGUCGUCAUCACGGGCAGGGCGAGAUGCGUCCCUGCCUUCCCCCUGCGAUGCUCGCAUAGCACAGCGCAGCAGCACGCCGCAGCGCCUGCUUGCUGCCUGGUUCGAGCAGCGGUGCCGUGAGGUAAGCCCGGCCACUGACGACUCGCCGUCUCUUCUUGUAUUGGCUGCGACGACUGAAACAGACGCGGCGCCCUCCACUGAAGAAGGCACGUUGCUGGGGCCACAGGCAUCACCGCACUUGCCAUCGCCACCGCCAUCCGACGCGUCAUCCACUGCCUAUUUUUGCUUGGACAGCCACCGACUGCUGCGGUGGCUCAUUGUGCCGCCGUCUCCUACUCGACUUCCCUUCGCUCCACCACGGCAGCGGCGGCGAUGCGUAGAUCUCAUCAGCGAGUCGGCAGGACCGACGACGCUGACGACGCACGCACCCGUGUCGCAGCCACCGUCUCGUUGGGGACCUUGUACUCGACAGGCGCUAUUGCAGGACGCCCAGCCAUCAGGACCGCGUUGUACGCUUGCGUCGCCUACUAUCUCGGCGGUGCAGGUACGCGAGGAGAGGCGUACAGAUGCAGCAACGAGAGAUGCUGCUGCUGGUCCUACCGCUUGCGCUGAGGGGGCUCUUUGGUCUCCUACGGGUGAGUUGGCCACGGUGGCGCCAACAGGCGGCAACGGUUGUACUGCCUUGAGCAUGUGUCUCCCUGCCAAGCCCCUUAACGGGCUCGAAGGUACACCCAUGAGCUCUGUCCCGGUGUGGAGGUGGGCGCAGCUCACAUUGCAUAACUACGCCGCCGACGCGCUGACUGGCGCUGCCCUGUCUGGCGCCGGCACCGUUAAGCUAUCUCCGCGCGCGACUGACGCGACAGUCAUACCGACAGUCCGGACGGUUCCGCCAGCCGCGGUGCAGACAGCGGUGCACCGCUUUGCCCCCGUGGUGAAAUCCGCGGUUACGAGUGCGCUGACUCACGACUGUCCUUUGCGUAGGCUUCCCUCUUGCUCCUCAGCACUUCAAGGGCAGCCACCCACCACCAAGACGACUGGAGAGUGUCUCCUCAUCACUGCUGAGCACUGUAGGCAGCAUCGUGCACGGCGUGCAGCGCAGCGUCUCACUUUGUAUGGCCUGCUGCUCGCCCACGAUGCGCGACGGGCUCCGUCAGUGCCGCUUCGAUCGCGGCCUCUGUCUCACAGCAUCGAAGAGGAAGAGACCGGCUUGUCACGUGGCGCUGACCACACCGCUGCUGAUGCAUUCAUCAUCGGUGCCCAACUCUACCGAGAUGAGCUCGAGCGCAACGACAAGGCGGAACUGGUCCAGUGCGUGCGUGCCGCUCUCGUGCGCGCGCAGUAUACGGCGUGUGUGACGAUAUUUCAGCAACCGAGUGGGCACGGUAAAGGUAGCGCUGGCAAACCGGCGGAGGCGCGACGAUCGACCAGCGCCUGUCGUGCCGCCGCCUCACGCACGUGUGCCUACGGCAGCUGCAGCUCCAUGCCUGCAGCACCCCACGUGCCACUCUCGUCAGGGCCGCUGCCGGCGCCACUGUGCGGUCGCCACUGCAGGGCACGUGAGCGUCGAUUGCACCACAUCAUCCGAGGCGGCAUGCGCAGGGACGGCUGGCUUGUUUUCCACACAUUUUGGUACGACGUCCUCGCUGAAUGCGCCUCUCCGGACUCCCCGCAGACGUGGCCCGGCUGUCGUUUGGGCGCGGUGCAGGACAGCGUGACGACACGCGUGGCAUCGAGGGAGGAGAGCAGCACGGACGAGUCGGUGCGCCACGCGCCUCUUCGAACAACGGAUGCGCCACGAGCGCGUGUUGAGCAGCGCGACAUCGGCUCCCGAGAUGUGUGGGUCGAUACCGAAGCCGACGCCUCCCCGCUGGGGGUGUUGGUGCACGAGACGCGGUGGGACGUUGACACGAGCGACGAGGAUGAUGAGUGGAGGGAGUCCGAGGAAGAAGGGGAUGGGACAGUAGCCCUCCACGUUGAACACGGUAGCUCGCAGUGGUGCUGUUGCUGCCUGGCGUCACAUGAGCGCCUCAUUCAUAGAAUCGUGGAGCAAGUAGAUGGCCCCGCAGCGACCACCAAGCAACGCAUGGCGGUGGCACCCACGCUGGGGUGCAGUGAAUUGUGCCCCAGAGGAGGAGCUCGGCCACCGCUGUGCCCUGCUUGGUGGAGGACGGGUUCGACGGCGGCUGCCACCACCGCCUCUGAGGCACCCUCGACAUCACAACACAACCCGACCAUCGCAGCUGCUCGUGCAACGGCAUGCCAACAGUCGGUGAGACGUGCCUGCAAGAGGCCUUUUCCCCACGCUCUCGAUGCGGGUGAUGUCAGCGUUCCACCUGCGCUGGUGCCUCAGUCGCUGUCCGUGCCAGCACUGUCGUUGCCCAGCUUGAUUGAGGGCUGCACACACGGUACAGGGCGGGAAGGUACUCUUGAUGGCGAGAUCGAUGGCGACAGGAGUGCGAGCGGCGCCGCCGCGCGUUCCUUCUUUGCGCGACUACGGCGAUAUGCGGCACAACUUCUCUCCUGUGGCACCGCUGCCGCUGCACGCUCAGCAGCCGCGGAAACCGUGACGGCAGCGACAGCGGUGCCACAGGGCCGCUGCCCCUCUUCGUGCAGUCUCUUUUCGUCCUUCCUCGGCUCGACACGCUGCUGCUCCUCUUGCUGUGGCAUAGCGGUGCCGUUAUCGGCACCACCACUGCGGUCGUUCUCGCCUCGCUUAGCAAUGGUGGGUGCAUCAACACCGUCGGGCAGGCAGCAGCAAGAGGAGGACGACGACAUCGAGGUGCAGGUGGCUCCGUUGCGCCGGUACCGCUACACGCGUCAUGUCUGCACGUUUGCGGAGGAGGCAAAGUCACUGCAGACGUGGCUGCUACCUCACUGGUGGGCCAAUCAACAGCAGCGCUUCGCCGACUUUAUAAAGCCGCCGCCGCCGCCGCUGCUGCGACCUCGAAUCAGUCGAUGCCUGGGGCACCCACUCGACAGAUCACGCGCGAUGGCGACGACAGCGGCCUGCAAAGGUGUUGGCAAGGGCGGUGACAGCGCCGAAGAUACUUAUCAGUCGUCCUUGUGCUGCUUCCUGGAUCGGCAUGAUGAGACGGAGGCGUGGGUGCAGCUCCUGCACUAUGCUCACCUCCGGCUGCUGCGUCGGCCCUACGGUCCUCUUUUCCACGGCAAAUGCCUACUACGGUGCGCGCCACUCGACGGCUGCGUAGCGGAUGCGGAGGUGCACCACACGUACCUUGCCGCGAUGCUACAUCAGCGCACAGGGGAGUUGGCAGAGUGCUGA